AUAGAAACGGUUUCUAGCAGGACCUCCAGCAGUUUAGUAACCAGUAGCAACCAAUCAAAACACCACUGACCCAAUCAAAAUGAGAAACGUCAUGAGAACGCAUUUCAUUCAACCAAUGAAAACCACACAAGGCGUGAUUGACGUCUCCGCCAACCACCUGUGUUUGCGUAUGACCGUUAAAACUGAGAACCGUUUUGCAAGUUACGCAGCAAACUAGAGUGUGGCAGCAGAGCCAACGGAAAAUACCUUUGUGUUUAAAUAAACGUGCUUCUUUUGUUAACUUUUCACCAUGAGAGAGAUUGUUCACCUGCAGGCUGGUCAAUGUGGAAACCAAAUCGGUGCCAAAUUUUGGGAGGUGAUUAGUGAUGAGCAUGGAAUUGAUCCUACGGGAAGUUAUCAUGGAGACAGUGAUCUGCAGUUGGAGCGGAUUAAUGUGUAUUACAACGAAGCAACUGGUGGAAAGUAUGUUCCUCGUGCAGUUCUUGUUGACCUGGAGCCUGGAACCAUGGAUUCAGUGAGAUCUGGACCAUUUGGGCAGAUCUUUAGACCAGAUAACUUUGUCUUUGGUCAGAGUGGUGCUGGAAAUAACUGGGCCAAGGGUCAUUACACAGAAGGAGCUGAGCUUGUGGACUCCGUUCUGGAUGUGGUUCGAAAAGAGGCAGAAAGCUGUGACUGCCUACAGGGUUUCCAGCUCACCCACUCCCUUGGUGGCGGUACCGGGUCCGGCAUGGGCACCCUGCUCAUCAGCAAAAUCCGCGAGGAGUACCCAGACCGCAUCAUGAACACCUUUAGUGUGGUACCCUCACCCAAAGUCUCAGACACUGUUGUGGAGCCUUACAAUGCCACGCUGUCCGUCCACCAGUUAGUGGAGAAUACAGAUGAAACAUACUGCAUUGACAAUGAAGCCCUGUAUGACAUUUGCUUCCGUACACUCAAGCUCACUACACCCACCUAUGGUGAUCUUAACCACCUUGUGUCUGCCACGAUGAGUGGGGUCACCACAUGUCUUCGCUUCCCUGGUCAGCUAAACGCCGAUCUGCGUAAACUGGCAGUCAAUAUGGUGCCUUUCCCCCGUCUGCAUUUCUUCAUGCCAGGUUUUGCCCCUCUCACCAGCAGAGGGAGUCAGCAAUACCGGGCCCUUACGGUACCUGAGCUCACCCAGCAGAUGUUCGAUGCCAAGAACAUGAUGGCUGCGUGUGACCCCCGCCACGGCCGCUAUCUCACCGUAGCUGCCAUUUUCAGAGGCCGCAUGUCCAUGAAAGAAGUGGAUGAGCAAAUGCUGAAUGUCCAGAACAAGAACAGCAGCUACUUCGUGGAGUGGAUUCCUAAUAACGUCAAAACUGCCGUCUGUGACAUCCCACCUCGUGGCCUUAAAAUGGCCGCCACUUUCAUCGGCAACAGCACCGCCAUCCAAGAGCUGUUUAAGCGCAUCUCUGAGCAGUUUACAGCUAUGUUCAGGCGCAAGGCUUUCUUACAUUGGUACACCGGAGAGGGAAUGGAUGAGAUGGAGUUUACCGAAGCAGAGAGCAACAUGAAUGAUCUGGUGUCGGAGUACCAACAGUAUCAAGACGCCACUGCAGAAGAGGAGGGAGAGUUUGAGGAAGAGGGAGAGGAGGAGCUUGCAUAAGGAGAUAAUUUCUUUGAAAAUGUCUGUUUACUGUUAUUUAUAAAGUUUCUGUUCACUGUCAUUUUCCUUACAAUUUUUUUUGUUCGUUGACUCUUCUGUUCUCUUUCAGUUUCACAAGCAGCAUAAAGCAAUCUUCUAAUAAAGAUCUAAUUUUGCUUAAA